GUCAUGUAAACUGUUGAGGCGAUCCAUGGUAACAGCUCACAGACUUGAGCAGUGCAGCAAAACCUCGCACAGCCCGGCCGUCCGUCCCUGUGUGUCUCUCUCUCACAGAAAACAGGACCCCGGGGGACUCUCUGGCUGGGAUUUUAACGACUCAUGGGGUGAAAACCCGAAUAUGAAGCGUAUUUCAGCCUUUUAAAGCCUCGGUGUCUGCGGGCGGGCGGAGGAAUUUUGUGAAACUGCUGGAACAUCCUCUGCACCCAGAGGUAAAGAAGCUAAGCUAAACGGCUAAAAUAAUAACAAACAACAGCACAACAACAAUGCUCAGCUAGCUACUGGAUUUAUAAUCUAGCUAAAGCUACACAGAAGGACGGUAUUACAGCUAGGUCUCAGUAAAACCAGAAUUUACCAUACGGCCAGCGUUUGCGUAUCUGCUCUAGUAAACUACAACCAGCCUGAAGAGAGAAAAAAUGACUGUUAUGGGCGAGCAGAGCGAUAUUAGCUUAGAUAUGUCGCUGUGUUGUUGAUGUAGCCCGUUUUUUGCUUUCCUUCACCGGGAAACAGCAGCAGCAGCAGCAGCAGCAGCUCAGCCCCCUGAAGCCUCUGCGCGCUCUCAGCCUCGCGCUCUCUCAGCCUCUGAUUUGAACACGUUCAUACUAUAGUAACAGCGCUGUGAAGGGUUGUGAAGAUGGCGACGGGAGCGGGUUGGCAGCAAUACUACAGCCCUGCUGGAAAAUACAGCACGUCCACAUCCACCUCCACCUCAACCUCCACCACCACCUCCUUCCCGUCGGGAAUAACCCUGGAGUACACCCAGGACCUCCACCUCAAGAUGAGCAAGAAGAUCGCACAGCUCACAAAGGUGAUCUACGCUCUCAACACGAAGAACGACGAGCACGAGGCGGCCAUCCAGACGCUGAAGGAGGCGCACGAGGAGGAGGUGCAGCAGAUCCUCUCGGAGACACGGGAGAAGAUCAUGCAGUACAAGAGCAAGAUCAGCGACGAGAUGGACCUUAAGCGGCGCAUCCAGUCUCUGGAGGAGUCCAUGGAGCUGCACGAGCGGAUGAAGCGACAGGCGCUGGCCGAGUUCGAGUCGUACCGGCAGCGCGUGGAGGACAUGCAGCUGUGCACAGAGGCGCAGCACACGCAGCGCGUGGUCACCAUGUCCCGCGAGGUGGAGGAGAUGCGCCGUUCUUUCGAGGAGAAGCUCCGUUCUUUCGGGCAGGUGCAGGCCCAGUUCGAGCAGGAGAAGAGGCAGGCUCUGGAGGAGCUGCGCACCUCACACCGGCAGGAGGUCCAGGAGAUGCUUCGCUCCCAUCAAAGCCAGAACGCGAACUACAGUAAAGACCAGGAGAAACUAGGGCAACUCCACAAGCAGGAGGUGGAGGCUCUGUCGGAGAGGGUGGAGGAGCUGAAGCAGGACAAGAAGCGUUUGGUGGAGGAGUACGAGGCAAAGCUGAACAAGGCUCAGGCCUUUUACGAGCGAGAGCUGGAGGCCAUGAAACGCACUCAGCAGAUGACUGCUGAGAACCUGCUAGCCUGGAAGAAGACCGAGGCAGAGCUGAGGAAGGAGUUCCAGGCUCAGGAGGCGGCGCUACAGAAGACGCUGGGCAAACUGCGCUCCGAGCUACAGAGGGUGCAGGACGAGUCCAGGGAGAGCCGGGAGAAAUCCCACAAACUGCAGGCGUCACUCACUGCUUCAGAGAACAACAUCAAGGACCUGCACAAACAGCUGGAUGAGGUGACACAGGACGCCGAGAUCAUAGCCAUCCGACAGAAGGAGGCGGAGGUUGAGCUGGAGGCCACCAGAGACAGAGUUCAGCAGCAGGCCACCGAGAUCCUCCUCAAAGCCAGUCAGAUCGGCAGCUUGCAGGCCACGCAGAUGACCCACGAGGCGGCCAUCCGGGACCUGGAAUCAGAGAAGUCACGGCUGAAGGACAAGGUGGUGCGUCUGGAGGAGGAGAGGGGGGCGCUGCAGAAUAAGAGUCAGGCUCUGGACGAAAGGCAGAGACAGCAGAUCCUUUCUCUGGAGAAGACGCUCAGAGAGGAGAAGCAGGCGUAUGAGAAGGAGCUGCUGAACCUGCGCAGCAAAUACGAGGAGGACACGGCCCACUUUAAAGAUGCGCAGAGCCGGGCACUGGAGGAGCUGUCCAAAAAGCAUCGGGCUGCCCUGGAGAACACGCAGAGUAGCUCUGAGAAAGAGAAGAACAGACUCCUGGCUGAGAUGGAGCAGCAGUUCGAGAAGGAGCGCAGUGCACUGGAGGAGCAGAAGAGGCGUCUGCGGGAGCAGCUGGACAGCCUCAGAGAGGAGCUCAGCGCCAAGCUCAGCAUGGCCAACAGCGAGGUGAGCCGUCUGCAGGAGAUAGUGAAAGAGGGAGAGCAGGGUCUGGGAUCUGCGAAGGGUCAUAUCUCCAGCCUGAAGGAGGCCCAGGAGAAGCUUCUGGAGGAGCUGGAUGCCACACGUGCCAGACUGAGGGAAACCACUAAUCUACUCACAGCCCUGCAGGGAGAGAUGGAGACUCAGAAGCAGCAGCACGAGGCUAAACUUAUCACCACUAAAGAGGAAGAGAAGCUAAAAAUGGACAAAAUGGCUCUGGAGCUGGAGCUGAAGUGGACAGAAACACUCAGGCAGGAGUGUAAGAAGCUGCGUGAGGAACUGCGAGAAGAUCACGAGGAGGGCAAAAGGAUGGCACUCACUCAGUUGGCCCAGAGCAAAGAGCAGGAGCUGGGCACUGCCCGAGAGAGCUGGCAGAGGAAAGUGGAGGAUCUGCUGGAGCAGAUCUCAUUGCUGAAGCAGAGUCUGGAGAUGCAGCUGUCUCAGUCUCAGCGUUCUCUGCAGCAGCUGCAGGCUCAGUUCAGUCAGGAGCGGGAACACCUGGGACAACAGCUGCAGGAGCUGGAGAUGGAGCACCAGCGCAGAGAGGAGCGUCUGCGGGAGGCCCACUGCUGUGCAAUCCAGGACAUGCAGGAGGCCCGCCAGCACGACCUCAAGGAGUUGGAGGAGCGUUUGCGGCAGCAGCAUCAUAUGGAGCUUCAGUCGAUGAGGGAAGCACACAGGCAGAAUAUUGAGACACUGAAGCAGCAGUCCGAGCAGGAGCUGCAGACCCUGCGCUUCGAGCUGGAGGAUGAAGGAAAAGCCAUGCUGGCCUCUUUGCGUUCAGAGCUGAAUCACCUCCAUGCCUCAGCUAUAGAGCACAUGCGGCAGAACCAUCAACAGGAAACUGCGGCUGCAAAGCAGGAGCUGGAGAACGCACUGGAGCAGAGCCGGUUACAGGAGCGAGAGCUGUUGAGUCGUAUCUCGGAACUGCAGGACGAAGUGACGCGCAGGAAGAACCACAUUGCUGACCUGGACCAUGAGAUCCACACCUUAAAUGAAAACAUCAGCACCCUCACCAAAGAGCUGGAGCUAAAGGGCAAAGAGGUGCUGAAGAUCCGCAGUGAAGCCAACCAGCAGAUCAGAGCUCAUGAGCAGGACCUGUGUAAGAAGCACGAGAGAGAGAUGGCUGAGCUGAACGCACUGCACAACAGAGAGACCCAGAACAUGCUGUCCGACUUCAACAAGGCCCAGGAACUGCUCAAGGACAAAAUCUCUGCCCUGCAGGUUCUGCUGGAGGGCACGGAGGAGAAGUUCAGGAACAGAGAGAGCAGACCGGAAGACCUCCAGGUGAUUGCCGAGCUCAAGGACAUGGUGGCCGAGAGAGAGGCUCUGGUCAAGAAGCUGGUGGAUGACAAAAAGUUCUACCAGCUAGAGCUCGUGAACAGAGAGACCAACUUCAACAAAGUGUUCAACGCCAGCCCCAAUGUCGGCGUCAUCAACCCCCUCAUCAAGCAAAAGCGAAAGAAUGACAAAUCAGCCAACCGAUUCAGCAGCUCGCCCAAUCUAAGGGCCAAUGUGGAGGCUUCGGGGACAGGGAGCGGCCAGCCCCAGCCCAAUCGCCUCGAGCCUAUCCCCAACUCCCCCAUUCACCAGCUGGAGCUCAACACCAGCAAACCACUGCCCCCACCGACCCCUCCCACCGAGCCCAAGAAAUUCAUGAGCCCUCCUGAGACAGAAGAGUCACCUGUAACCUCCCCAGAUCCUCAACGACAGGAGUGGUUCGCCCAGUACUUCACCUUCUGACUUUUAGCAACUCAAGAGCAUGUCAGCCAAACCAAAAAAAAAAAAUCUAAAGGAAAAAAAACAGACAAAAAAGAAAUCCAUUUUUCCAUCAUUCCAUUUGUUUUAUUUUUUUCUCCACUGUGAAUGGGUCUCUUGUUAUUUUGUACAGUGCUACUAGGUAUGUUUGACGUUGCAUUUCAUGCCGUUUCUACAGAGUGGUGCAUUUGCUGCUAUUUAUUCUUUGUUAAAUACAGUAUAGAGUAAACGUCUUCUCUAUGUCUCUUAUUUUAGAAUGGCACCGUAAUGAGAGUUUGUUACAGCUGCAUAACCCCUUUUGGUAGACUUAAACUGUUUGUAUGGUUGUCAACAACAAAGAUACAAUGAUGUCUCACCAAUUUUAAAAUAAAAAUGCAUAUUUUAUAUUUAUAUUAUACUGUAUGUAUGCUCAAAGAAUAAAUAAUUAUGGUGACAUUUAA